GGAGCGGGGAAAGGGGGGGGGGGGGCAAGGCGCGAUGACUCCGAGUUCUGAUCUAACGUUUGCAAUGUUGCAGGCCAGUUGCAGUCAAGACCUCACGACGGUCGGACGAUGUGGGUUACGUUACGCCGUUUAGCGCUGGUGCUGGCAGUGGUGGGCCCGGCGGCCGGCGCAGGGUAUGGGUGCAAACCCCAGAUACACUACGAAACAUACUUUAAGACUAUCUAUAAUGAGGUGCCCGUCCUGAAGACAGUAGCGAGCCAACACCUGGUCCCAAAGGUGUUCACUGAAGUCGUCUACGACACGGUGUACAGAGCGAAGACUUUGUACCAGACUUCCACUCAGUACAUCACUACUACUGAGUACCUCACAAGGGUGAUCCACGACCGCGAGACGAAGACGGUGGCCGAUUACGUGUACCUCCCCGACAUCCAGACGACCGUGAAGAACCUCGUGCAGGAGCAGCUAGCCUUGAUCACGACCACCCUGUACGCGACGGAGUACACGCCCGCCCGCCUGUACUCGACGCGCUUCGCCACGUACACCACGACGGUGACGCACCCCGUCACUCUGACGCACAAGAGCCAGGUGCUGGUGCCGCGGCGGGAGCACGUCACCAGCACCUUCGCCAAGCACUACCCGGUCACCGUGACGUACACGGUGCCAGCCCCACCGCCCUCGGGCUACGGGGCGGAGGGAGGCUACGAGGAUAACCUGGUGAUUCAGACGAACGCCGUGAUCAAGAUCAAGCCCUCGUACGUCACCACAUACGUCAAGAAGACGCUCUACCUCACCAACACCAACGUGGAAAGAAUCCCCGUCUACGUCACCAAGACGGUCGGCUGCGGAGGAGGCGGAGGAGGACUCGACCUCGCUGCCUACGGGUCCUCGUCCCAGGCCCUUCACGUCGCUGUGGGAGGAGCGUCAGGAGGAGCUCUAGGGGGACGUGAAGCAGGCACGGGGGGAGUGGUGAAGCUCUCGGGCCAGCUGGUGGGCGAGGAUUCCCUGCCAGCUGGCGGCUCGGGCCAGAUCCACCUCCAACCCGGCUUCAGUGCCGCCGCGGAGGACUCCUACGGCGGGCGCUGAGGAGGGCGGCCGAGGGACUGCGCGGCAACGAUAAGCAGGCGCAUGUUUACGUUCUGUGGGAACAUACGCGAUGCCAUUAACACUGGAGAGAGAGAAAGAGAGACAGAGUGAGAGAGAGAGGAGAGAGAGAGAGAGAGAGAGAGAGAGAGAGAGAAAGAGAGAGAGAGAGAGAGAGAGAGAGAGAGAGAGAGAGA